UAUGCGCUUAGGGUUAGGGUGAGGAGAAGGGGAUGACGAGCGUAGCGUAGAGGUAAUGGAUGAUGCGCUCAGCACUGAGCAUCUGAGAGCAUUGGCCUUCGCUUCAAUCCCUGAAACGUCUCGGAGAUCGUAUCGCUGGGUCAGGGCUGCUGCUGCGAUCGACGAGAAGGAAGAAGGGGAGCUGUCAUCGGAUGAGAACGCGCAAGGCGCAGAUUGUAUGGCCAAGCGCAAGGUGAGCGGCAACCACAAGAAGAAGAAGAAAGCAGCGGCAGCGGCGCAGCAAUCGAGCGCCUCGCCGACUGGAGUGCCGCAUUUGCCAUUGGAUUUGAAGGUAGCAGGGGCAGCAGCAGCACAAUCCUUUGUGUAUCGGGCGCCAGCAAGCACACCGCUGCAAAAGCAAGUCACGAACACUGUUAGUGAAACUCCGCCAGAGAUUCCUCAGAAGAACCAUUCCAUUCAAAAAGACAAAGGAGCGAACGACUUGCGCAUGGGAACCGCGACUAAGACGCUUUCUACCACAGGAGUGUGUCUUCCAGCACAGCUGCCAAAUGGAAAGGCAAACACUCACAAGGCGAGCAACAAUGGCCUUGGCGAGAACCCGUUUCUCAUCAAGUUUUCAGACGAUGAGAGCGAUGGAGAAGAUGCGAAAGCAACUCCAGUGAACGCAGCAAAGCCGGCCAGCUUGCGGGUGGAGAUUGACCGGAUGAAGAAGCAAAUUGCUGCUAUCGAGCGAGUAAAAGGGAAGUCACUGCCGAUUUUAAAGAGUACCAGGCCCGCCGCUGGCAGUCACUCUCGGCAAAAUCCUCUUGGUCCGAAGGACUGUGGAACUCAGACCAAUCUGGACCUUUUGAGGAAACAGAUAGCAUCGAAGGAGGUUGAAAUUCAGCAGCAGAGGCAACGAAGGGAGGUCGUAAAUAACUCAACCAACACCUCUAGUCCUCCAGACUCAAGCUUACCAGCUUCAAACAACGCGAGUUUUCCGGUUACCGAUAAUGUAUUUUCUCCAGCGACUCAGCAAAACCUGGGAACUCUGGGACCGUCAUCCAACACCGGGCCGGGAGAUUCGAGACCUUUGGCAGUUCAGACGAUGGAUACGUCGACGCACGGUGGGGGCAUCAAGCGUGGUGCCGAUAAGGCCAUGCAUGAAGAGGAAGCCAGCACUAAAAGGCAAAAGCUACCAGGUGCUGUGGAAAACGCCUGCGCAGAGGUCUUGCCGCAAAGCGGAUACCUGGAGGUGGCCAAUCUGUCGACGGAAAAAAGGUCGGCUGGCGGACAAAACAUGAGCAGUCUUGAGAUCGCCGUCGCUGGUAUUUCUAGAAGUAAACCGUCGGUUGCGGAACUAGCCCUGGAAGAAGAAGCGGUUGACAAGGAGUUGGAGUUGGCACAGCACCAUCGACACAUGUGUGAGAUUCGAGAACGCCUGGCUAGGAAAGCGUAUCGGGAAGCCCAAGAAGCGUUGAAGGUGGCUACUGCGAACUGCGACAAACUUUAUCGGCGGCGGGAUAUAAUCUCGUUAAAAGUCACAGCAGCUGAAAUGAGGUGUGAUGUUAUGGAGGAGGGCCGGCCUCUCGAAUUAGCUCAAACUUGUUUUGACGCUCCGAAGUCGGACUCCCCCAUCGUUCCUUCUGCUGCCGAUCAGACAAAUGUUUCUACUGGCAUCGUUACUCGUGACGAUGAUCCGGCACCUCUUCGCAUACUUGAGGAGAUCGUUUCAGGACGAUCUGUGAGCGAAGCUAAGGAGCUGGAUGCAGACGCAGAGAAGGAGAUUGAAACCCAACCUGCCUGUCCGAAUGUUCCUGAGAAUAAUGCUACGAGUUUAAUUCAAACGAUCACUGCAGAGUCCGCCGGACUUUGUACCCAGCCACCUGUGGCUCACGAUGCUCAUGAUGUUUCGAAGGCUCCCCCGAUCGAAGAGAAGGUACAGGAAGCUGUAGCAGCUUCAACUUGCGAAGAGGAGGACUUGCAAGGCUCAUCGUCGAGCUCAGAAGAACUCAGAAACAAAAUGGACCACCUCGUCGUGGGAAACGAAUUGGAAACCUCCGGCAGGGAGCCUGUAACUACGCUGGAUCCGCUGGAAGACGUCAACGGUGCUCCGAAGCAGGGCAGCUCCACUGAAUCUUCGAUCGGUGUAGUUAUGGAUGACUUGGAAAACACAGGCUUCUCGGUGGAAGUAAGGGACAGCAGUCUGAACGGCACAAAAUGGUUUACUAGGUUGUCAGCGGGCCGUUUGGUUGUUUUUCGGCAAUUCACUUUCAAGUCAGCGGUGUGUGGAAUUCAAGUGCCAGAAGCAAAGAAGGCAUUCGAGGCUACAGCUGAACCUUUCGGCAAAUACGAAAGUCCUCUGAAGAACUCGACAUCGUCUAAAGUAUUCGACCCGUUCAAGCCGCUUUGCAAGUUCGAGCACCGUGGAAAAUGCAACAACGAGCUUUGCAGUUUUCAGCAUGUCAGUCAUCACAGGCUGGGAUACAUACGGGAUAGGCAGGAGGCAUCCGAGGAAAAUCGAAACAAGCGACAGGCAUCCUGGAUGCAGUUCGAAGUGCCAGUGCCGACUUAUCGCAUCGCUACCUACCUCAUGAGAGAUUGGCAGGAGAUGAAUCGUACAAAGUUUUUCAAUGUUUCUCCCGUUGCUCCCGUCAACUCGUUAUACUCGUUCUUGACAACGAUAUCUAUGCAAAGGCCACUUCCACAAGACAUGCCUUGCAUCCUUGAUGAGAGGAGUAAAUUAUUCAACGAAAACUUUGACGUUUUGCAAGCAGACGUGGUAAAUGCAAAACAAAUGCUCUCUCGGGAAUCUAGUGCCGACGGAUGCUUGGACUUGGCUCUAAAUAUCUUGCAAUACGAUGUCAACAUCGAAAGUUCAAAUUGUCUUAAAAAUGCGCUAUGUGUUUUGUCCAGAGCGUUGGAAAUGAACAAAACGUCGGUGCCUCUAUGGGUGGUUUAUCUGGUUUUAAUCUCCAUGGAGGAUUCAAUGACUAAGAACGACGACAUGUUCCUUCACGCGGUGCGACUCAACAAGUACUCGUACGACCUUUGGUGUCUUGUUCUUGCCAGCAGAACAAGCCUAGGGGAUCUACUCGAGUCAUAUGACUUGGCUAUCCUGUCAUUAUGCGAAGGAAACAGGCUCAAUGGCGACGGGCAGAAUAGUGCGUGCAUCCUCGAUUUGGUUUUGAAGAUGUUUCACACUUUGGCCAUGUCCGAGAACGACGUUUUAAAGUGGAUAGACAACCUCGUGACUAGUGAAGGAACUUUAAACGGGUGGAAGAGCUCAUCAGCUGUCUGGAAGAACUUACAGGCUUCCGAGGCGUGCAUCCUCUGGGUUUGCUGCGCGUACUUCUGUGCCUACGGAACUUUACCAGGAUCAGUUAUCUCCAGGCUUGGUUGCAAGCAGGAAUUGCCUCUUAGCUUGGAAUGGGAAACGCCUCAGGUGGUCAAUGAAGGGACACGAUCACGGGUGGUGAAGAUGAUGAAGACUGCGACAGGUUCUUUAGCGCCGGCAGGGUCCGGGGAUGAUCUUCCUAAAGAAGUGUUGGCAGUAAACUUUAUCAGGUUUUUGGUGGCCUUUGAGGACCUCGAGUAUGCUUCAAACUAUUGCCAGCAAGCGGUGCAACUACAUCCGUGCUCAGUGGAGCUGGUAGUUCUUUGUGCGAACGUCCAAAGGUUACGAGGGGGCUGUAAAUCCGGGCUGGCGGUUUUUCAGAGCGCGUUGUCUAAGUGGCCAAGUAAAAGAUCUGGCGUUCAGGCCCUGUGGAAUCAGUACGCUGGCCAUGCUUUGGAAUGGGAAGGGGAGGAGGGGGCGCUAGUUAUACUUCAGAAGUGCUCAACGAGGGAGGCAAGGAAUGGACAGACGAACGGGUUGACGUUGUCAACGGGCUCCAAGAGUGUCGAGGAUUCCACUUUCUCAUUGGUGAACAUCGCUCUUUUGGAGUCAUUACGGGGGAGAUCGCACGAGGCUCAAGUCGCUCUAGAGAAAGCACUGUCGUCGACUCAUGCUGGCACGCAUUGCUGGCUGGAGUUUGCCGCCUUCAAGCUCUCGGCUACAGGUGGUCGUAACUUUCAGGACGUGUUCACGAGCAUCUUGGACAGGUGCCAUAUGCAGUCACGGUUGUCGCCAAAGCUAACUCCUCUCGGACGGGGCUUUCUAAAGGGCAUCAAGAAGCGCAGGAUCCGCUGUUUCAUAGACACAUUGCUCGGGCCAGCUCCUUCCGACUAUUCCUUCGUCAACUCCUUGCUGCGCAUGUGUUCCGGCCCAGAGCUACUUCCACGCGACCAGCCAGAGUUUUCCAGGCACUUUGGUGGCGGACUUUUGGAGUUGUUUCCAUCGAAUUCCGUCCUGGCGUUGGCAUUUUGUAAGGCGCUCAACACUUCGGAUGGCUUCAGUCCUGCAGCAGCAGCCUGGGCUGGUUCGCUUCUUGUGACGUCCUUGCGGCUCUCUGCUGCUCCCGAAAGAUUGUGGCUGGAGGCCGGGGAUUGGCUUCAACAGGUUGGUCUGGAAGACUGCUGCGAGAGCUUCUACAGGAAUGCUCUUGCGGCCUAUCCGUUUUCGGCUGGUCUGUGGCGACGCUUUAUAUCUCGAGCAUGGAACCCGGAGGCUGCCGCCGAAGCUGCAAAAGGAGCAGGAUUGACGCUAUGAGGUAUGGAGAGCGCUGGAGUGGAAAGCUGGAAGAAUUCCAACGUUCCUCGAGUCCGAUAUUGGUCUACCUUCCAUUUCUUUUACUUUGCUUCUGCUAUCUUCUUCAUUGAGACUUACAGUGGAUUGUCUUGUGCAGCAAACGUCACUGGACGAUAGGAGCGUUCGUUGUAAGACUUAGUAUUGUCACGAGCUUGACGAGCAUUUAUUUGCAUCUGUUUUGCAGGUGACUGCGCUCGACGGCAAGGAGAAGACAGGUAACUUUCUCUCGCGGAAGUUUUCUCGUGAAAGGUAAACUUUGUGUUUCUUGGUUGCUUGCAAUUCCCUUCACCGUGUGGAAUUACUGCCGGAGCACUCGAGAGUCACAGAGUUUUGGUGGUCGAUACUAGUACUGGGUGGGGAAAGAAAAAAAAACAGGUGUACAGCGGAGCCGAGGUACCAUUUUAGUUGGCUGCCUAGUUUUGAUGGUUUAGAAGGAUAAUAGGUAACAGCAAUAUAGUCUAGCGAACGACUUCUACAUU